UAGAGAGACUCUUUGGACAGCACAUAUUCUAUAACAACUAUGUACAUACAAACAAUUUGUAAUCAUCUUUUACGUUUAUGAGCAGAAGAAUAAACGUGUUUUCUUUUGCAGACUGCCAAGCAUACUUUACAACAAUGAAAAAAACACAGAAGAUAGUGAUCUUCCUCCUUCUUUUGUUAGCCGUUGGUUUCUUAUACAAAGCCAACUUUAAAAAUACAUCUUUGUACCCUGUAUCUUUUUUCUCUGAAAAUUAUAUCAUCAAAACUUUAAAGUCAAAAUUGGUACCGCCCCAGAACAAUUAUGAACCUGCAGAAAAAGAUUUAAGCCCCUCUGAUGUUUUAAACGGCGGUGAGUCUAUCAUAUAUUUGGAGACUACCGAUAAAUUGCCGCCAACAUCACUGGUGCUGUGUGCCAUUGAGUCCGCAGCUCACCACUAUCCUACCAGAUCUGUGGUGUUUUUCAUGAAAGGACUGACUGAAAUAAAUGCAGAGGAAGUUCAAAAGAAACACCUUUCAGUAUUUUCAUCUCUUCCGAAUGUCUACUUCUUUCCCCUGCAAAUGGAGGUGAUUUUAUCGGACACACCACUUCUCUCCUGGUACCAAAAGGUUAAUCCAGCAAAAGAAAUCUACUGGGCCCACGUCAGUUCUGAUGCCUGCAGACUAGCUUUGCUUUGGAAAUAUGGUGGCAUUUACAUGGACACUGAUUUCAUAUCACUUCGACCCAACCCACAUCACAACUUUCUGGCUGCAGAGUCAAAGCAGUAUUCCAGCAAUGCUGUUCUGGGUUUCUCUUCCCAACAUGAGUUCAUCUGGAAAUGUAUGGAAGACUUUGUUAAAAAUUAUCAUGGUGAAAUUUGGGGCUACCAAGGGCCACUUUUGUUUACUCGUAUUCGAAAUCAGUUUUGUAGUAUGGCUUCCUUUACUGGUAAAGAGGAUUUUAUGUGUGGCAAUAUCACUAUCUUGAAUCCUGGACAUUUUUAUCCUAUUGAACCGGGAUCAUUUAAACGGUACUAUGAGGUCUGGGACAAAGAACCGACCUUUGACACUUGUUAUGCUCUGCACCUUUGGAAUUAUGCAAAUCGAGGGGAUCAUAGGGCAAUGGUCCCUGGAAGUAAUACACUGGUGGAGCAUCUCUACCAAAAGAAUUGCCCUUUGGUAUAUGCGGAAUUAGCUAGAAAUGGGACCUCAUUAUAAAGAGCCCCUACUUUCAAACAUCCAACUUACAAACGACUCCUACUUGCAAAUGGAAGGAGACAUCUACCCCUGUCUUUUCAUGUGUUAGUGAUAUAAAUAUGCAAAUCACAAGUACACCUUGGUGAAAAAUAUUUUUUCUUACCACCCUCCCCACCACCACUCUAGCACAAAUCUCUCUCUCUUUAACAACGGGCAAUACUUACCUUUAUCUACCAUCUCUUAAUCUUCCACCUCAUAACAACUGGUUGAGUAUGAUCCCUCUGCAUGCUGCUUUCUGAUUGCUCUUGCUAAUGCUGUCAGAACAUUUUGCGUUAAAAGAAUAUACAUAUAGGCCUUUAUAUUAUGCAUAUUAUGUAUUUUUCAUAUUUUUCCUAUUCAUAUAUAUAUGAACAAUACUAAAGGCAUUUUAGAUCUUAUUUUCUCUCUAAGAGGUUAAAAUCAAAUCCAAAAUCUCUACAGCGGUUUUCUGCCUUACAAGAAGGCAUUGUUUUUCUGUAUCUUUAUCCCAGACCAUGAAUUUGAAGGUUUGACAUCUGUAGAAAAGGGGAGAUUAGUACAGGCUGUGUAGGGUCAUCUUUGUAUAAUGAGACCAAAGGGCUUAUUCACAAUUCCGGUGGAAUUAUAUAUAUAUCUUAAUUGUUUCUUUCUAAUAUCUUAACAAUAUAUUAGUAAUUUAUAUAUAAACCCGUUUAAUACAUAUACUGUAUAUUAUUAUUCU